AUGUUUUUCACGAUUCCCAGUUCUCAUAUCAGCAAAAUCCCACCAUGGAUUGUUGUGACAGCAGUUAUCGUUGUUAUUGCCAGCUACGUACUAUCUGUCAAACAUGUACGUUACCGCCGGGAAAUGCAUAUCGAAGCUCCGUUCACUAUGGGUGGGCGCGAGUUGUCGAGCAUGACCGUCAAAGAGUCCCACGACAUCAUUACCCAACUACAAGAACUCGAGUUCCCAUACGCCUUCUCCAAGGCUCGAAAGCUGGCUCUUCUCAAGGCUGGAAGUAUUCCGUCAAUGUCCAGACUCUUUGCAGUGACGGGCCAGAACAACAAACGGAACGCGGGAAAACGGUCAAUCGACACGGAAAUUCUUCUUAGAGAAGUGCAGUCCAAAGCAAGAGACUCAGAUCGAUACGCGAUGUCUGUGGCAAGGAUGAGUUUCCUAUACGUCCAUGAAUCCCAGACCUAUCUAUCAGAUUAA